AUGGCCCUCCUGUCACGGCCCUCCCUCCGCUCUGUGCGACGGGAAGAACCUGACGGAAAAAAACAUCGCCUCAACCGCCGCCGCAGCUCUCCCGACUGCCUCGACACGACAACCCCAGAGACCAAACCGCGCCCGAAUCUACCCUUGAAAGUCGCGCGCCCGCGGACUUCGACUCGCCGCGACUCCUCCGCGUCCGUUGAUACGGUCGCCUCCGCGCAAUUGGCGACGCCGGCUGCUCGCGCCAAUGGGAAUGGCAGGACCCGCGCCCGUGACCCCAACACACCUUCGAUCGCGACCGGCUUAUUGUCUGCUCGUGAGUCGCCAGAUCCGUUGGAUACUAUUUCGCCCGCCCCUGCGUCUGUCGCGGUUAAGCAGCGACCUGUCACGCCCGCUGUGACUGUGAAGUCGGAUGUUAAGGCUGCUGUUUCGCCCGUGGCUCGUGCGACUCGUCGAUUUGAUACUCGCGUGUUGAGUGAGGAGCAGAAAACGGUCAACGGUGGUGGGGGUGGCGAUGGCGUGGCUGGGUUGAGGUCGACGCGAAAUCGCAAGAGCGAUUUGGGCGACGGCGAGCAGCCUGAGGUGGACGAGAAGCAGGCUGGACGGCGGUCGUUGCGCUCGACUGAUACCGGGUCACGGUGUAAGAGCGAGCUUGCGCAGUACUUUCAUAGCUAUGAACAGAUUAUCAGUUUGGAGGAUCCUGAGCCAGAAUCUCUCAAUGCCAAAACUACCAUCGUACUCGUCGAUGACCUCUCCCAACCUCUACCCUUCUCCUCGGAGCCUGACCCGACACCCUUCGGAAACCCUCUCCUCAACCUGUACGACUGCGAGAAGAUCACACUCCACGAGCCGGCAUCAAAUCCAACCGCUGUCGACCCGCUGGGUGCAGAGACAUACUUCCGCGCGCAUCGCAAGUUCGAGCGUCAGGAGAAACAGUUACGAAAUAUUGAGCGAGACCGCGCACAGCAUGAACAGCAGGUCCUGGAACGACUCCUCGACGAGCUCCGCGGUCACGACUGGUUACGAGUGAUGGGAUUGCCUGGGGUGCACGAAAACGAAAAGAAGCAGUACGAGCCAAAGCGAGAUAUUCUCAUAUCGGAGCUAGUCGCCCUGGUCAACAAAUUCCAAGCCUGGAAAGACGAGGAACGACGCCGCAAGCUCGCCAAAGAGAAACCUCUCCCAACUAUAGACAACGAGUCUGAUGCUGCAUCCCGCAACCAAUCUCGCAAACGCUCCCGUCCUGCUGAGGAUAUGGACAGCUCUCCAGCACCAGGGGCAGACAUGCAAAGCACACCAGAUCCCAACGACGUGGACGCAUUAGCAGCGCGCCAACUCCACCAAGAAGCGCGCUCUGCAUCAGCCUCCAAACCACGCAAGCCGUCAACAACCUCCCGUAAAUCCACCUCAAACACCAAAACCACCCAUACAGGCGGUGACAGCCACAGCCGUGGAAAUAUCAAUACCACCGAAACACCCAUCUCCGCCCCCAAAACCAGCCCAAAAACAAAGAAAAAGACCGACCCAACUCCACCAAAAGCCCUCAGACAAAUGCCUCUGUCCUUCUUCUACGAACCAGUCGUCCAAGAUAAACCCUUCACCUCAUUCUUCCGCCAAAAGCACGUCCGCGAAGCAGCCAUCGCCGCAACAAAGGGUGACCGCCGCAGUGGCUCGCGCUCUUCUCUUGCUUUUGGCCAUCCAGUUCCUGAGCAGGUUGAGCAGGAGUUCGAGCCGCCGGCUGAACUUCUUACUGAGGAGGCUAUUACUGCUUCCCAGCGGAAGAGGCGGAGGCUUAAACGGCAGAGCCAGGGGUGA